AUGAGGAACUGCUGCGGCACCAGCACCCAGCACCUGCCUGAUGCCUCUUCCCCUCAUCCAGCUGCUGCUGGUGGGGUUCCUGACCAGACCCUGGCUGAGGUGCACCGCGCGGAGGGGUCGCCAUGGGACGGGGAGGAGAUGGAGAGGUACGGGCACCGCUGGGCGCUGCCAGACGGGCCGUGCCGGGAGCUGCGGGUGUGCCUGGGUGUCUGCACCCUGAUGGGGGGAGCUGGUGAAGCCUUCACCGGAGCCUGGGGUGGGCAGGGCGUGGGCUGGCUGUGCUGGGGCGAGCAGGGCGGGAGGGAGCGCAGCCAGCAGAGACUGGAGGUGCAGGAGCAGCUGCUUGCCCUGCGGCACUGGCUGGACGCCGUAGAGAAGCGGCUGCUGGCGCUGCCAGAGCCCGGCACGGCCCUGCAGGGCCACCACCUGCACCGGGUUCAGCCACGGCUCACGGCGCUGAUGCCUGGGCACGGGGAGAGUGGCCGAACACCGGGGGUGUGUGGCUGUGUGAGAGGCGCGGAGCCGCAGCGGGGGCAGUGCAGCGGGGGCUGCCGGCAGCCCCCUCCUCGCCGCCCCGCGCGCAGCCCCUCGCCGGCUCCUUUUGUUCGGGGCCUGGCCGGCACACGGGCUCCCUCGGCACACAUGACGGCACAAACUGAAAGGGCCAUUCAUCCCGGCCCCGGCGCAGACAAAGCCGAGGCCGCACAGAAACCCACCCGGCUCCCGGGAUCUGAGGCUGUGGAUUCCAGCCGACCGCUCCCGCCCGGUGCCCCGCGCCGGGCUCCCCUGCCCGGGGCGCCCGUGCCACCCCGAGCCCGGUACCUGGGGCUGAGGAGCGUGCCGGGCGAGCCGCCGGCGGGGCGCGUGGGACGGAGGUGGCGAGUGGCUCUGAGGAAAGAGCUGCAUCCUCACCCCCUGCCCAGCUCCUGCCCGGCGGGUCCCGGCUGGGCUCUGAGGGUGCUGUGGGGGUGCCUGGAGUACCGUGGGGCUCGGACCCGUGCCGGGUGCCGAGCACCUCGGUGCCAGCAGCGGGAGGCUCCGGAGCCGCGUGGGGAGGAUGAUGCAGGGCUGCUGCAGGACGGUGCGGAGCCACCGCGGCCCUGGCAGAUGCUAAUUCCCGGCAGCGUCUCUGGCAGCAGACAAAGCCCCCGGCCCCGCCGCCCGCCGCUCCCAGGAGACCCCAGGGAGCCCCAUCCAUCAGCGUGGCCGACGCGCCUGCAGCGGCCCCCCGGCUCCCGGGGCCCAGCAAGGGGCACCCACGCGGCUCUCACCCAGGGUGGCAGCGAGGGGGUUCUGGAGACCCAGGCCUGCAGCACCUUGUCUCUCAGGGUGCCGGUGUCGGUGUGGCUGCCGGUGCCGGUGCAGGUGCUGAGGCAGGUGCAGGGCGAGGCAGCAGCAGGUGCCGGUGAGAUUACGGUGCAGGAGCAGGUGCCGGUGUUAGUGCUGGUGCUGGUGUCGGUACAGGUGCCGGUGCCAGUGCGAGGUGCGGGCAGUCGCCCCCCCCGGACGGCGCGGGGCGGGCGGUGGGCCGGCACCGCCCCUCCCCCGCGGGAUGGCUGCGGGGCCCCGGGGGUUUCCCCGGUAACGGCGGCGAUCGGCUCCCGGAGGGUUAACGGGGGCGGCGGUGUGCCCGGGGUCAGACCAGCCCCGCCGCGGCCGGGCCGCUGCCGGUGCGAGGGUCUCCGCCCGGUGCCCCCCGCGCUCCCCCCCGCGCCGCGGGCGCGGCGCACAAAGGCGGCGGGGCCGGGGCGGCGGCCGGGCUCCCCCGGAGCGGUAACGGCGGCGGCGGCGCCCCCGGCCCGGCCCCAUGGACGCCCGAAGUCGCCGAGGGGCCGGGAUUUGAGGCGGGGGCCCGGCGCCCGCGCCAUGGGGAACUCGGUGAGUCGGCCCAGCUGCCUGGGCGAGAAGAGCCGGCGGCCGGAGGAGCUCCUGCGGGAGCCCGGGCUGGACGCGGGGCAGCCACCCGCCGGAGGCGUCACGGAGGCCUGGCCGGGGCUGCUGGAGAAGGCGCCGGUGCCGGUGGAGAACGGCUGGAGCCCGGUGCCCGGUGCCACCCGGAGCCGGCCGGGCAGCCCGGUGCUGAGGCGCAGCCAGUCCGAGGUGGCGGUGCAGAACGGGGGUGCAGCUGGAGUUCCGGUGAGGGGGCAGGUGGGGGGAGCAGCCUGGACCCCGCCCCGGGCCGGCGUUCCCCGCAGCACCUGGUCCUGGAAACCCGUCACCACCCGGGAGGUGACGGAGGUGACGGAGGUGACCGAGACCAUCGUGACGGAGAUCGUGGAGGUGACCGAGUACCCGGCGGGUGAGAAGGGCGGCGAGCCCGUGGUCACCCGGACGGUCACCGUGCUGACGGAGUGCGUGGGGGAGCUCACUGCUGUUGGCUGCGCCGGACACACGGAUGCCACCGAGGUGUCCUCACGGGCUGUCCCUGUCCCAGAGGAGGCAGCGGACCGGGGCCAGGAGACGCUGGAGCGGCUGCUGGCCUGGGUGGCCGACAUGGAGGAGUUGGUGGGCAACCAGAAGCCGCCGUCGGCGGAGGCGAAGGUGGUGAAGGCGCAGCUGGAGGAGCAGAAGCUCCUGAAGCGCCUGCUGGAGGAACGGAGGCCGCGUGUGGAGCUCGUCCUGCAGGACAGACUGACCGCACAGGGCGAGGCGGCGCCCGAGGGCAGUGCCGGCCUCCUCAGCCUCGGGGAGAGGUGGGACAAGCUGAUGCAGGAGGCUGAAGCCAGGUACGGCUGCCUGGAGCGGAUCCUGCCGGCAGCCCAGGGCUUCCAGGAGGCCGUGGACGCCUUCCAGGAGUGGCUCGGUGCCACAGAGCGGCAGCUGGCCCAGCUCUGGCGUGCCGACGGCUGUGUCGGCCGCGUGCAGGACGCCCACCAGCAGACCCAGGCCCUCUGUGAGGAGAUCCGCGGGCGGCUGGGAGAGCUGGAUGGUGCCCUGGAGAGCGGGCAGCGGGUCCUGGAGCUGGUGACAGGGGAGGAGGCCCAGCUGACACAGGAGAAGAUGGAGUCCCUGAGGAUGCGGUACCUCAUCGUGGGCCAGAGCAGCGCUGACACCGCUCACCGGCUGGGGCAGACCCUGGAGGCCUCGUCUCGCCUGGGCACGGCCCCUGAGGACCUGGCGCUGUGGCUGAGCCGCAUGGAGAAGGAGCUGGGCGAGCAGGAGAGCCAGCAGGACGGCCAGGAGCCCUCAGUCACUGCCAGUGACAGGGAGAAGUUUGAGCAGGUCCUGGAGUCCCAGCUCAGCCGUGUGGCUGGGCUGGGUGAGCGGCUGGAGGAGAUCGGCCGCGUGCAGCUGGAUGCUGAGGCUCUCCGCUCGCAGCUCUCCGAGCAGAAGCUGCUCUCCGCCGAGAUCCUGCAUUGCCGGGGCCUGGUUGAGCGUCUGCUGGGGUUCUCGGAGCCGCUGCUGCGCUGCUGCCCCGAGCCCCUGCGGCAGCGCCUGCAGCCGUCGGCGCAGGCGCUGCGGGAGCGCACGGAGCAGCUGUCCCUGCGCAGCGGCGCCUGUGCCGUGCAGCUGGAGCACGCCCAGUCCCUGCUCACCCAGUUCUCCGAGGCCCUGGAGGAGCUGCUGCCCUGGCUGGAGGAGACGCAGGCCCUGGGGGUGCAGCUCUCCCCCAACGCCAUCAGCUACGAGGCCUUCAAGGAGCAGCAGGCGCUGCUGCAGAGCCUGCGGGAGGCCAUCGCCGAGCACCGGCCGCUGGUGGGGAAGCUGCAGCGCGUGUCGGCGCAGCUGCUGGAGCUGAGCCCAGAGCAGGGAGCCCCGUUCCAGCGGCGCUGGCAGGAGGUGGAGGAGCAGUACGGCCACAUCCGCGAGCGUGUGCGCCAGGCAGCGGCUCUGCUGGAGGAUGCCCUGCCGCGAUACAGCCAGCUGUCGGAGCGCAUGGAUCUGCUGCUGGAGUGCCUGGAGCGGCUGCAGAGCCGGCUGCAGAGCCAGCCCCCCGUCCGCGGCGACGCGGCCCACUUGAGGGAGCAGAUCCGGGAGAACAGCCUGGCCCUGGGCGAGCUGGAGAAGCUCGGCGUGGCCCUGGAGGGCAUCCGUGCACAGGGCGAGGAGCUGCUGGCCACCAUGCAGGCGGUCAGCUCCGACGCCGCGGCCAGAGGGAUCCAGGAGCGCACGGCGCAGCUGCUGUCCCAGUGGGGCUGCCUGCGCGGCCGCUGCCAGGAGCGGGAGCGCUGGCUUCGGGAGCUGCUGGCACUGGCCGAGCGCUUCUGGCACGGCCUGUCUGAGCUGGCCGUGGCGCUCGGCGACACCCAGCAGCUGGUGCUGGGGCUGGAGGAGGCCGGUGGCGAGCCCGAGGCCAUCCGCACGCGGCUGCGCACCAUGCAGGCGCUGCGGGAGGAGAUCGACGCGCUGCAGGGCGAGCUGGACACGCUGGGCAGCCUGGGCGUGGAGCUGAUGGCGUCCUGCGGGGACCCCGACAAGCCCGAUGUCACCAAGAGCCUGGACGAUCUCUACUCCUCCUGGCACAGCCUGAGCCGGGUGUGGACGGAGCGGAACGGGCGCCUCGAGGAGCAGCUCCAGGCCGCCCUCAGCUACCAGGACACCAUGCAGCGGCUGCUGGAGUGGCUGGAUGCGGCCGAGCUGCGCAUCGCCGAGGAGUUCCUGGUGGGAGGCGACCUGGACAUGGUGCAGCAGCAGCUGGCGGAGCUCAAGGAGUUCAAGCGGGAGCUGUACCAGUGCAAGGUGGAUGUGGAGAGCCUGCGGCACCAGGGGGGCACGGGGCAGGGGGACCCCCCGGCCGCGCUCAGCGACUUCCGCCAGCGCUGGGACCACCUGGAGGAGGAGAUCGUCAGCCGGCAGCACCAGCUGGAGGCAGCGCUGCUGGGGCUGGGGCAGUUCCAGCACCAGCUGGCCGAGCUGCUGCAGUGGCUGAGCCGCACCGGGGAGCAGCUGCGCGGCCCCGCGCCCCUGCGGCCCGACCUGCAGAGCUGCGAGAUCGAGCUGGCCAAGCACAAGGUGCUGCGCACGGACGUGAUGUCCCACGCCCGCACGGUGCAGUCGGUGACCGAGGCUGGGCAGGGGCUGCUGCUCUCCAGCCUGGGGGAGAGCGUGGAGGGGCUGCAGCGCAGCCUGCAGCAGCUGGAGCAGCACUGGGACCUGGUGCGCAGCGAGACCGAGAGCCGGCAGCUGGAGCUGGAGAACAACCUCAGCCAGGUGCAGGACAUCACGCUGGAGAUCACGGAGCUGCUGCAGUGGCUGGAGCAGGUGGAGCUGCAGCUCUUCUGCUCCAAGCCGGCCUGGGGCCACCCCGAUGCCACCAAAGAGAAGCUCAACGCGCACCUGGAGCUGUGCCGGGAGCUGGAGGCGCGGGCCGUGACCUACCGGGGGCUGCGGGAGCGGCUGCAGCGGCUGCUGGACUCGUGCCGCGCCGGCCGGCCCUGCAGCACCGAGCACAGCCUGCGGCUCCUGGAGCAGAAGUGGGAGAGCGUCCAGGCCGAGGCCCAGGAGAGGAAGGAGCGCCUGGCCGAGGGGCUGACGGUCACCACCGAGUUCCACGGCUCCGCGCAGGAGCUGCUGCGCUGGGUGGCGCACGCCGAAGAGCUGCUGGGGUCCCCCGCGCCCCCCAGCUUCGUCCUGGACACCGUCACCGCCCAGAUCCAGGAGCACAAGGCCCUGGUGAAGGAGGCGAACGCCCACGGGGAGAAGCUGGGCGGGCUGGAGGCCGUGGCCGCGCGCCUGAAGGAUUUCAGCCGCAAGCAGGACGGGGCCGUCAUCCAGAACCUGGUGCUGGCGGCCCGGGAGCGGCUGGGCAAGGUCCUGCAGCGGGCGGCCGAGCGGGGGGCCGUGCUGGAGGAGGCCCGAAAACGCAGCAAGCAGUUCAGCGAGUCCCGGCGGCUGCUCCUGGACUGGAUGGACGAGGUGGAGCAGAGCCUGGAGGUGCCGCAGGACGCUGCCACCAGCCAGGAGGAGAUCAAGUGCCAGCUGGCUGAGCACAAGGCAUUCCAGAAGCUGCUGCGGGCCAAGCGGCCGGUGUACGAGGCCACGCUGCGGAGCGGGCGGGCGCUGCGGGAAGGGGCGCGGCUGCCCCAGGACCUGCAGCCGCUGGAGGAGCUGCUGGGGGAGCUGAAGGAGCGCUGGGAUGCGCUGUGCAGCCACGCCGCGGAGAGGCAGCACAAGCUGGAGGAGAGCCUGCUCUUCUCGGGCAAGUUCACGGACGCGCUGCAGGCCCUCAUGGACUGGCUGUACCGCGCCGAGCCGCAGCUCAGCGAGGACGUGCCCGUCGGAGGGGACCGCGACCUGGUCGGGGACCUGAUGGACAAGCACAAGGUGUUCCAGAAGGAGCUGGGCAAGCGUGCCAGCUGCAUCAAGACGCUGAAGCGCUCGGUGCGGGACCUGACGCGCGGCAGCAGCAGCGUGGACUCGCAGUGGCUGCAGCGGCAGGUGGAGGAGCUCAGCACCCGCUGGGACCUGGUCUGCAAGCUCUCCCUGUCCAAGCAGGCCCGGCUGGAGGCUGCGCUGCGGCAGGCGGAGGAGUUCCACACCCUGGUGCACUCCUUCCUGGGGCGCCUGACCGAGUCGGAGAAGACCCUCAAGUACGGAGUGUUCCCCGAGGAGGAGGCGGCCGUGCAGGAGUGCCAGGCCCAGCUGCAGGAGCUGAUGCAGUCCUUGCAGUGCCAGCAGCUGGAGCUGGAGUGCAUCACCUCGCUGGGGGAGGAGAUCCUCACCACCUGCCACCCCGACUCCAUCAUCACCAUCAAAUCCUGGGUCACGGUCGCCAAGAGCCGCUUCCAGGAGGUGCUGAGCUGGGCGCAGCAGCAGGGCGAGCGGCUGCGGGCGCAGGCGGCCGCGCUGGCGGCCGAGCGGGAGGAGACGGCGCAGCUGCUGGACUGGAUCACGGCGGCCGAGGAGGCGCUGGGGCUGCGGGACCAGGAGCCGCUGCCGGAGGAGGCCGAGCCGCUGGAGGAGCUCAGCGCCCAGCACGCGGUGUUCAUGGAGGAGCUGAACCGCAAGCAGCCUGACGUGGAGAAGGUGACCAAGAGCUGCAAGAGGAAGCUGGCGGUGGAUCUGGGCCCCCCGGCCACCCGCCGACUGGCCACACGUCGCCGCAGCGGCGGGAAGGCGCAGGGCACGGCGGCGGUGCCGCUCGGGGGGCUGGAGCCCCAGACGCCCCUCAUGGCCCAGCUCCUGCACCGCUGGCAGCAGCUCUGGCUGCUGGCCCUGGACCGGCAGUACCGGCUGGAGACGGCCCUGCAGCGCCUGCGGGAGCUGGAGGAGUUCGCGCACUUUGACUUCGGGGUCUGGAGGAAGCGCUACAUGCAGUGGAUCAGCCAGAUGAAGUCCCGCGUCCUGGACGUUUUCCGCGGCAUCGACAGGGACCAGGACGGGCGCAUCAGCCAGCGGGAAUUCAUCGAGAGCGUCCUUGCCUCCAAGUUCCCCACCAACGUCCUGGAGAUGAAUGCCGUGGCCACCAUCUUCGACAUGAACGGCGACGGCUUCAUCGACUACUACGAGUUCGUCAGCGCUCUGCACCCCAACCGGGACCCGCUGCGCCGCUCCGCCGACGCCGAUCAGAUCCAGGACGAGGUGAACAGGCAAGUGGCCCAGUGCAACUGCGCCAAGCGCUUCCAGGUGGAGCAGAUCAGCGCCAACAGGUACCGGUUCGGGGAGUCCCAGCAGCUGCGGAUGGUGCGGAUCCUGCGCAGCACCCUCAUGGUGCGGGUGGGUGGGGGCUGGAUCGCCCUGGACGAGUUCCUGGUGAAGAACGACCCCUGCAGAGUGAAGGGAAGGACCAACCUGAAGAUCAACGAGAAGUACCUGUCCUCAGACGUCUUCGGAGCCGCCGCCAGGUGUGCCGGGAACCAGUCGGCCGCCUCCUCCAAAGUGCUGUCCCCGAGCCGCUCCAACUCCAGCCUCAGCCUCUACAGCAGCGCCUCGGCCCCCAGCAGCCCCCUGGCCAGGAAGUCGGUGCUGCGGAGGACGCGCUCCGGGGACCGCUGUCCGCGCUCCCGGGGCUCGGGACUGCCCGACGGAGCCGAGCUGCAGUUCAGCGCGGCUGAGGAGAGCCUGGCUGCGGCACCGCCAGAGCCGCCCGAAGGGUCCCCUCCGGAGCGCUGCAGCCCCUGCCGCUGACCCCCGCGCCCGCCCUGCGCCCAGCACCCUCGGCCGGCCCCACUCAGGACCCUCCUCCACGGGGCUGGAGGACGGCGAAGCCGCGGCCGCGCCCCCCGCGGGUCUCCGGCCCGGCGCUGCGGCCCCCCGAGCGGGGCUGAGCUGUACGCCCGUCACCGACCCCGCCGGCGCCCGUUCCAGAGGAUAUGCAAGUAUCUCCCGACACUCACCAAGCCCCCGGGCUCUGGUCUCACGCCCCACGGCUCCAGCGGGCAGCCCCGGUGCCCCGCUCCGAGUGCCCGGGGCUGUGGGACCGGCCGGGCACCCCCCGCGCCGGGCCCUGCCCUUCUCCCGUGCCGCCAGCUCAGGGUGGCUGCGGUACCCCCGGCAUCCGGCGCUGCUGACGGGGGUCCCCAUCGUGCCUCCCAUGCCCCGGCGGGAAGUGGCCGGGCUCGGUACCCGGGCACCGGGCCCCCUGGCCGGAUGCCGAGCCCCGUUUCUGGUGCUAACCCUCACCCCUCGGCCUUCGGUGCGUGCGCUCGGGCCCCCGGCUCUGGCCGCCCCCCGUCCCGGCGGGGCCCGGGGCCGCCACGGGCGGGGGUCCCUGGCGCUGCACUCCCGUCCUGCCGGCGGCACCGGCGGGCAGCGGGACCCCCGCCCUGCUGACGCAUGCUCGUGCCACCGUGCCACCCCCGCUAACCGGACAGCAGUAGAGCUGAAUGUAACCCCGGCCGGGCCCACCCGCCGCCACAAUAAACUGUAGUGAGGUUCCUUUUUCUACGA